GAGGGAUGUUAAAGGGAGUGUCCAUUCAUGAAAUGGCUUCCCUCAUGUGAGGAUUUUUUGUAAUUGUCUCUGCAUUGUAAUUGAUUCAUACUGCUGGUUUUCCCUCUCUCUCCAUUGAUUGUAAUCAAAUCUAAUUCAGCAAUAAAGAUUCUUCUUCAUGUUCAUAAUUCAGCCAUAUGUUUUCUUGGUGAAUUCGAUUUCUUACUCUUUCAUAAGAGUUCAUUAUUCUUGAUCCUUUAUUUUGUUCUGUUAUUGUUUGUUUAUUGUUGUUUCAGCAGUGUUCUUGCACAACAGUUAGUUAGGAGAGUGGUUUGUGUUACUUACAGUUACAAUAUUCACCAUAAUUAUAUAACAUGUUCCUAGUACCAGGCACUGGUAACUAAUUCUUUAUUAUUCUUUCAAAAAAAUAAAUUGUAGCUCAAACUACUCACUACUCUUCAAUCUGAUCGAAACCAAGUUUCAUAUCCAUGACAGAAAUCCUCUUCAAUCUAGUCCCUCUCAUUUCUCCUCUCCAAGAUUUGUCAAAGAUUCUUAUUUAAUAUUUUUUUGUCAAGAAAAUAUAUUUAAUAUUCUGUGUUUUACUGCAUGGUAUUAUUAUAUUCCACUACUAAUAAUAUAAUCUGAAAAGGCAGACCAUGCUUCAAACAUUGACCACGCACAGCUAACUAUGCAUGCCAACCUAACAACGUACAGAAAAUAUAAUAAUAAAAUUAAAAAGGGGAGAAUUUCAAUGAUAUGUAUGAGUUGUAUCACUAUCAGUAUGUUUACUUACUUGUAACCAACAUCUGAAACUCUCUCUUCAAUCACUGGAUCUGAACCAAGUUUGAAAAGCCAUGGCUGAGUUGAUCCUAUCUCCAAUUGCUGAGAAAAUCAUCGGUGGUUUGGGAUCUGAAGCUGUGAAACACAUCUCUGGUUUGGGGUGUGGAGGCUGAGCUUGAAGAUCUCAAAGAAACCAUUUCAACAAUCCAAGCAGUGCUUUUGGAUGCUGAGAAGAAACAGUCUCACAACAACCAAAUCAAGAACUGGCUCCAAAGGCUCAGCACUGUGGUUUUCAAAGCAGACGACUUGAUGGACGACUUCAACACUGAAGCUUUGAGGCGCCAACUCAUCAUGCCUCAAAACCCAAUGGCCAACCAGGUGUGCACCUUCUUUUCCACCUCCAACCAGCUUGCUUUUCGUUUCAAGAUGAGUCGUAGAAUACAAGGCAUCAAGAAAAGACUGGCUUCCAUUUCCAAUGAUAAAAGCUUCUUUUUGGAGCAAGGACGUCAAGAAACUACUCUAACUGCUAGAAGAGUGAGAGAUGCUGACUUCUAUGUACGUAAGGAAGAUGUUAUUGGGAGGGGCAAGGAUAGAUCGUUCAUCAUCGAUAAUCUUUUGUUGGAGAGUUCUGAUCAAGAGAGUGUCUCGGUGAUUGCCAUUGUAGGAAUAGGUGGUCUAGGAAAAACCACUCUUGCCAAAAGUAUUUAUAAUGAUGCGCAAGUCCAAAAACAAUUUAAGUUAAGGAUUUGGGUGUGUGUAUCCGAUCAAUUUGACUUCAGAGUAAUUAUUAAAAGUAUUAUUGAGUCUGCAAAAGGUGAGGCUAUUUCGAGAGACAUGGGAACAGAACUGUUAGUAAAGAAGCUUCGAGAAGUACUUGGUGGAAGUCAGUAUUUUCUUGUACUAGAUGAUAUAUGGGAGGAAGACCAUGCUAUGUUGUUGAAGUUAAAAGAUUUAAUAACAAGUAAUGAAAAUGCUGGAAGUAGAGUUGUUAUAACUACUCGCAGUGAAAACAUUGCUAAAUUCUUAACUACCAAACAACAACCCUAUCGACUAGGGGUUCUUGAUGAAGUUGAAUCUUGGUCUUUGUUUAGAAAGGUGGCUUUUGAAGAUGGCUCACAAGAGCUAGAUAACUCUAGCAUUGUGCAGAUUGGAAAGGAGAUUGUGAAAAGGUGUAAAGGAAUCCCCUUGGCCAUCAAAACAAUAAUAGGAAAUAUAUUACAUGGGAAAAGUUUACAAUCAGAUUGGUCUUCCUUAGAUAAGGAAUUUUCAAAAAUACCUUAUCGAAGUGAAGAUGAUAUCUUACCCACCCUCAAAUUGAGUUAUGAUCAUCUUCCCUCCCAUUUGAAACUUUGCUUUGCUUAUUGUAGUUUAUUUCCUAAAGAUAAAGAAAUUAAGGUGAGAAAUUUAAUUAACCUUUGGAUGGCACAGGGGUUUCUCAAGUUAACAAAUCCAAGUCAAGAUCAAUGUUUGGAAGAUGUGGGUUAUGAAUGGUUUAUGACUUUGUUGGAAGGAUCAUUCUUUCAAGAUGUUGAAGUAGAUGAAUGUGGAAUUAUAAAGAAAUGCAAAAUGCAUGAUUUGAUGCAUGAUCUUGCCGUUCAAGUAGCAGGAGAAGAAUGUACUACUUUUGACUUCGACUUUUUAAAUGGUCAAGGAAAUAUCAAGAAAACUACUCUUCAUGUGUUUUUUGAAAACUAUGCUUACUCGGGAAGUGAAGUUUCAGCUUCAUUGGCUCAUGCAAAAAAUAUUCGAACAUUUCUUAGUACUUUAAACGAUAACGAGGAGUCAUUUUGCGAUGCCAUAACAUCAAACUGUAAGGUUAUACGUUGUUUGGAUUUGAACAAUUCAAGUAUUAAGAUAGUAUCAAAUUCUAUCAGCAAGUUGAAACACCUGAGAUAUUUAGACCUUUCACGGAAUUCUUUUCUCGAGUCACUUCCCAAUUCAAUUACGAAUUUGGUGAAUUUGCAAACGUUGAAACUCAAUCAUUGCUCAGAUCUCAAAGCACUACCUAGAGAAUUUGAGAAACUCAUCAAGGCAUCUUGAACUUUCUUCGUGUGAAUUGAA